AUGGCGCUCAUCGAGGGCGUCGGCGAUGAGGUGACGGUGCUGUUCGCGCUGCUGCUGGCGGCCGCCGUGCUGGGGCUCGCCUGGGCCUCCACGCGCGCCCCCGAGCCCGCGGCGCCGCCGGCUGAGGCGGCCCCGAGCACGGCCCCCGCCGAGCGCAAGACCUCGACCCCCAACCCGGCCGCGACCCCUCCCCCGGCCCCGGCCGAGGGAGCGGCGGCCUCCGAUGAGGCGGAGGGGCUGCGGCACCGGAGCCCUCCCGCGGCCACCGCCGAGGGCCCCGCCGAGCCCACGCUGGUGCUGCGGCUCAAGUUCCUGAACGACACGGAGCGCCUGGCGCGGGUGCGCCCCGGGGACACCGUCGGUGCGCUCAAGAGGACCUACUUCCCGGGGCAGGAGCAGCAGGUGCGCUUGAUCUACCAGGGACAGCUGCUGCGUGACGACACCCAGAGCCUGGCGGGGCUGCACCUGGGCCACCUGAGCGUCCUGCACUGCCACCUGUCGCCGCCCAGCGCGGCCGCCACGGCCCCCGGCAGCCCCGGCCCCCGCAGCCCCGCGCCCGCCGCGCUGGGCGUGGGCAGCCUGGCGCUGCCGCUCUUCGUGCUGCUGCUGGCCCUGCUCUGGUACCUGCAGCUGCAGCACCGGCACGUCUUCACCGCUACCGCCACCACCUGCCUGGCCGGCCUCACCCUGCUCGUCACCUUCGUGGCCUUCGCCAUGUACCGCAGAUAGCGCGGCCGCACCCGCACCGAGGACACGCGGGACCCUCAGGGCCUGCCCAGCCUGCCUGGGACGUGGAGGGCUCUGCAUUCGGCCCACAGCAUAUCGGGGGCACGUGGGGCCUGCCCUGCCCCUGAAGGGGGGCUGGCCUCGGACUGUGUCCCCCGCGGGCCCAGGUGCCCGCCCACGCCCUGUCUGCACACAGGGGCUGUGGCGGGAGUGGGGGCUCAGCUACCUCGGGGGGGCCCCGCUGCCCCCUGUCCCUGCAUGGAGCAUCCCCCCAGCCGCUCCGCGUGCAGAAGCUCCUCGGGUGCGGUCCUGCCCGAGCCGGUGUCCGUGCCCGCGGAGCUUCUCCUCGUGGGAAUGCGGCCUCGCCCCUCCCGGGGGCUGCUCCCGGGUCCCGGUGCCUGGGGAGGGACAUGAGCCCUGGCGUGCCGAGGGUCCUGGUGCCGGCGGGAGGCGCUCCUGAGGUCCCUGUGCCGGAGGAGCUCAGUGCCCCCCGGCGGCCCCGGUGCCGGGGGUGGCUGCACUCCCCACUGUGCCGGGGUCCCGAGGCUGUGUUGGGGGUGCCACCCCCCACCGCCGUUCCGAUUAAAGCGGACAGACUGUGA